AUGCGGACAUCCAAGAUUUCGCAGGAAACCACCCGAAUAUUCAAUGCUCUGUCCCCGAACAGUCGCUCCGGACGAACAACGCGGAGUUCGAAACGACUGGCUUCGUUUGCGAUGGGAUACGAUCCAACUCUUGAGACAAAAGAAGAAGAUGAGAGAGCAGAGGACGGGGCGGGUGGAGACGCCGCUUCGACUCCAGAUAUUGAGGACGCCCUCAGCACGUCGUCUCGCUCGAGCAGAAAGAGAAAGUUCGGCUCUGAUUCGCCGUUCAUUUCGACGGUGGUUACGACCACAACCGAAUGGACCUCACCUCGCAGGAUCAAGGAGGAGGGUGACGAGGAAAACCUAGACUCGUUGCCUAGUGGGCGAGCAAAAGCAAAACCCAAGAUGCCCGCACGGAGGACAACGUCGCUGUCAGGGACAGUACGAAUACAUCCUCCAUCCAACUGGGCCGAGAUAUAUGAUACAAUCAAGGCUAUGCGACAAAGGAACCCAACUGCUCCGGUCGACACGAUGGGCUGUGAAGAAUUAUUUUGGCCUGCCGCUCCGCCACGAGAGAAACGGUACCACGUCUUAACAAGCCUCAUGCUAUCUUCCCAAACAAAAGAUACGGUGACAGCGGCCGCUAUGCAGCGCCUACACACAGAAUUGGUUCCUCAAUCGCCCACUCCAGACAACGAAAUACAACAGUCGACCCUGACAGUCGACAACAUGGUGGCCUGUGACUCUAAGCAUCUCGACAGCCUAAUCGGUAAAGUUGGCUUCCAUAACAACAAAACAAAGUACAUCAAGCAAGUCGCCACGAUCUUGAAGCAGGAAUACAACUCCGACAUCCCCAAUACUAUAGAGGGCCUUGUCCGCCUACCAGGAGUGGGUCCGAAGAUGGCGUACCUCUGCAUGUCUGCCGCAUGGGGUGUGGAUGAAGGAAUCGGCGUAGAUGUUCACGUCCAUCGCAUCACAAACCUUUGGGGUUGGCAUAAAACAAAAACACCGGAGGAGACGAGGGCCUGGCUGGAGGGGUGGUUGCCUCGCGAUAAAUGGCACGAGAUCAACAAGAUGCUUGUGGGUUUAGGGCAGACGGUGUGUCUGCCUAUCGGGAGGAGGUGUGGCGAGUGCGACCUGGCCGGUACGGGGUUGUGCAAGGCGGAGAUACGGGGUUGGAAAGCCACGGAGAGAAGAGUGAAGAAGGAGAAAGUGGGGGUGGAUGUUGAGGAUGGCAUUGAGGUCCUUAAAAGGGAGACAGAGGACAGUCAGAGGGUGGAAAUCAAAGCAAUGGUCGAGGAAUCAUUAUGA